CCGGUCGAAGUGCGUACGUCGCGCGCUCGCCAGCCGAUUGUUGUCCGAUGUGAUCGAUGGCCGUAAGACGCGUUUAGUCAUCGCACUUUUCUUAUCUUUCACUUCGUCGUCGAAAGUGGUAGCCUUCUAUACCAGUGCGUAUAAAGGUUGCUUCUGAACUCUGGGCGAACGAACGAGCUGUCGUGUCCGUCUGACUGUUCAUUUUUGCCAGAAACCACCUUUCUUCUCGGGGAUACCUCGCAUAACCUCCCCGCAUUCGCAACGAUGAAGCUACCUUGCGUUCUCCUCGUCCUCGCCCUCGCCUGCGUUAGCAGCACUUUUGGAGACGGGCUGAAAUGUACAUUGAAACCUGCAGAUAUACCAACAACAUGGCUGGAUAUGGUAGAUCCAUGUAUAAAAAUCAUGGAGUCUCAAGUCAAAAUUGAAGUUGAAGCUGCCAUGACUUACCUUGCAAUGGGUGCACAUUUUGCACGUGAUACUAUAAAUCGCCCGGGAUUUAGCAAAUUUUUCUUUGAAAGUGCAAGCGAAGAAAGAGAGCAUGCAUUAAAAAUUAUUGAAUAUUUAUUAAUGCGUGGGCAACUUACGAGCGAUGUUAGUAAGCUUCUCAAGUUUCCUUUGAAACCGAUACGCGAAGAGUGGAACAGUGGAAAUGAAGCUCUCAUCAACGCUUUGAACUUAGAAUCCCAAGUUACGCACAACAUUCGUGAUAUAAUCGUAAAAUGCGAAAAUCCUCAAACAUACGCCUUCAAUGAUUAUCAUCUGGUAGACUACCUCACUUCUGAUUUCUUGGAUGAACAAUACAAAGGCCAACGCGAUCUUGCCGGUAAAAUUUCGACGUUGGGUAAAAUGAUGCAAACGCACGGACAUUUGGGAGAAUUUUUAUUCGACAAAAAGCUAUUGAAUGGUGAAAUAUGAGUGUUUUAACGCGAUCGUGAUACUCUUAUAAAUAAAAAAAAAUAUAUAUACACACACACACACACACACACACACACACACACACA